CGACACACGACAGAUAAAAAUAUUGUGGCACACACAAGACCACAUACGCAACCAGCAGCAGCAAAACAACGCACGAAGAUGGAGAACGCGCAACGUGGUGGGUCGGCUGCACGCGACAACAGCAGCAGCAGCAGCAGCAGCAGGAAGCACAACAGCGCCACCGCCAACAGCAACGAGGAUGGAAGGACGCGGGUGGCGUCGUCAACGAGGUCGUCGGCGUCUUCCUCCGUUUCAUCGGCAACCCGAUCCUCGUCGUCAGACAAGUGGAGACGCAAGGCCAAGAAGGCCAAGCGCAAGUGCCGCACAGAGAUUAGCACCAAGCAGUGGUCGCAUCACAAGUAUGCUGACCGCGACGACUUGCUCAAACCAACACUGGAAUCGCCCAUCGACGUCAUUGACUACGAUUCCGUCUCAGUGGAGGAGUUUCAGGAGAAGUAUGAACGGGCAGCUCGCCCUGUGCUCAUUCGGGGUUGCGUAAGCAAGUGGCCAGCUGUUCGUCGGUGGACAUUUGAGCGGCUGCUGAAGAAGUAUGGCGAUGACAAGUUCAAGUGCGGCGAGGACGAUGACGGGUACGCGGUGAAGAUGAAGCUCAAGUACUACUUCCAAUACCUUCAGAACAACAGGGACGACAGCCCGCUGUAUGUAUUUGAUACGAGUUUUGCAGACAAGCCAGGCAAGGAGUCGCUCGCAAGGGAUUACGAGGUUCCAAAGUACUUCAAGGACGAUUUGUUUCAAUACGCGCCGUAUGACCGCCGCCCACCGCACCGGUGGUUUGUGAUUGGGCCGAAGCGGAGCGGGACGGAUAUGCACAUCGACCCGCUUGCAACCGCCGCCUGGAACGCCCUCGUGCACGGCAAGAAGAGGUGGGUCGUGUUCCCACCCCAUGUCGCCAAGGCUGAUGUCCGUGCCAGGUCCAAGGAAACCGACGGAGAGGCCAUCACAUGGCCAUGCCUGAAGUGCACCAAGUGCAACCGCACUCUUGCCAAUGGCAGCUUCCUUGAGCACGAGGGCAAGCCGUACUGCGAGAAGCCUUGCUACCAGGCCCUCUUUGGUGCCCAGGGCUACGGUCGUGGCGGCACUGAGUCCCACAAGGACUUUGGAAGCAAGGACUCCACCCUCCUUCCCAAGUGA